AUGAUGGAAACAAAUGAAGAUAUUGAAUUAAAAUUAGCUAUUGCAGCUAGUGAAAAAAGUUAUUUAGAAGAACAAAAAAAAAAACAAAAUCGCAGUAGUGAUGAUCUUAUAAAUCUUCAUAUGGAUCCAGAAGAAGUAAAAAAAAUGGAAAAAAUAAAAAAUUUACAAGAAUUUAGUAAGCAAAUUCAAAAUUAUAACACACAACAAGUAUCAAUUUUAAAUCAGGGUGGACAAAUUAAUAACUUUUAUCAAUAUUCACAUCAUACAAUGAAUAAUGUAAAUAAUAUAAAUAAUCAUUAUAGUAAAAUGAAUAAUCAUUUUCAUUUAUCAGGAUUACAACCAACAAUAUCACUCCCUCAAAUUUGUGGAUUAAAUAAUACUAAUACUAUACUUACCAAUAACUUACAACAUCAAUUGCUUAAUAAUGCAUUAAAUUACGGCUCGUCAUCACUACCGAAUAAUAUACCUAGUAGUAAAAAUUCACGUACUAAUACUAAUAAGUCUCCUGAAGCAGACAAAUCAAUAAAAAACGAAAAAUUAACAUUAGCCGAUAUAGAAUUUGAAAAACUACUUUAUAAUUCUUCAAAAAUGGAAAAUGAGUUAGUUUUUGAUAAUGAUUCUGAUAAUUUAUUACCAUCAACAUAUGAAAAGAUUAUUCAAGAAUUUGAUCCUCUUAAACGUAGUGAUCAAAAUGGUACAAGUCAUGAAAAAACAUUCAAUAUAGAAGAAGAAUAUAAUAAUAAAAAUAAUGAAACAAUAAAAAUAUUAAAAAUAGAUAAUUCUUCUAAUUUAAAUGAUGAAUCAUUAUUAAAUCAAUCAAAUACAAUUUCUUUAACAUUAGACAACACUGGUCCAAAUAAAAUAAGUUUUCAUCCUAAAAAAAAUGAACAUUGGUUAUUUUAUAAAAAUUUAUUUAAAAGAAAAAAAGCUAUAGAAAAUCGUUAUGUAUAUUAUGUAACAGAAUUAGACUAUCCAGCAACAUCAAUACAAAGUCUUAAAAUUAUUGUUAAAAAAAGUGAUGAUUGGCCUUAUAGUAAUUAUGAUACUAAAAGUUAUACAGAAUGUGAUAAAUUUUCUCAAACUGUUUUAGCAAGUGAAAAAAUUAUUAAUAUUAUUGAGUUAGCUAUUGCAAAUUUAUGUGCUCCAUAUGAAAUUGAAAUAUUAGAUAAUAUUAAAGAUAGUAUUGGAAUACGUUUAAUUAAUACAAUUGAAUAUUUACCUAAUGAAGCAACACUAGGAAGUAUUCCAUGUAUAGCACGCCAAAUUAAUGAACGUGAAGAUUUAAGUAUGGAAAUUUGUUGUAUUAAUAUGCCUAUAAAUAAUAAAGGAUCAUCUGAUGAAUGUGAAAUGUCAUAUGACGAUUUAUCACAAUAUUAUUUUAAAACAAAAGAAGAAGAUUUUUCAAUUGGAAUAGAGAAAUUAAAAGAUUUACUUAAUGCAUAUGAUCAUGAAUGUUCAAAUUCAAUGAGAGCAAUAAGAAGUGCUGUCUAUCAUAUUGGUUAUUUAUGUAAUAAUAUAAUAACACCAGAAGCAGAUAAUGUUAUGUCAAGACUUCUUGAGUGUAAAGAAAAACCAUCUGAACAAUUAAAAAUCAAAUUUUUAGAUACAUAUAUUUCAUUAGUUAAAACAUAUCUUGAUUCAACACUUUCACCCUUUACAUUAUCAUUUAAUUUUGAUAAUGAAUUAAAAAAACCAAUUGUUCCAGUAUAUGAAAUGAACAAUAAAUUUAUUUUAACAAUAAAUUCUAUUCAUAAUAUUCCAAUAGCAUGGAGUGAAAAAUAUAUAGGAUAUAAAGUUGUUGCAAUGAUUGUACAUGGUACUGAUCGUAUUGGAAAAUGGAUUAGUGGCGCAAAACAAUUAAAUACAUUCCAAUUUUCACCUUAUGUUAAUAUAAGUAAUGUUAUAGAAUUUAAUUUAGAUAUUUCACAUAUACCAAGAAAUUCAUUACUUUUUUUUGUACUUUUUGGUGUUGGAAUAACUAAUGAAUAUGAUUCAAGUGAUUUUAAUAAUUCAGAUAUAACAGGAAGACUAUCAAGUGGUUAUAGUGAAAAUGUUGUUGAUUCAAAAUUUGGAAAUGAUUAUCAAUUAUUGGAUGAUGAACUUUUAGGAACAUGUGUUUAUAGUAUUUUUGAUAAAGAUGGUUAUUUUAAACAAGGUCCUGUAUUUUUAAGUUUUUUUGGACAAAGUAUAUCAAGAGAAGGUAUGACCGAACCAUGGGGUUUACAAAGUUAUCUUAUACCUGAAUCUGAAGCAAUUCUUUAUAUUGAAAUGCAAACAUUUGAUCAUGAUAUUGUUUUUGAAAUAUUAGAUUCACAAGAUAUUAUAUCAAGAAAUUUUAAUACAUUAUCAUCUGAUAACAAAGAAUAUUUAACAAAAAUUAUACAAAAAUAUCAACAUUCACAUGAAUUAACUGUAAAUGAAAAAGAAAUGAUAUGGUGUAAGAGGUAUUAUUUAAUGGGUAAACCAGAAGCUUUACCAAUUGUAUUAAGAUCUAAUGUUAGUUGGGAUGCUGCACAUAUGUCUCAAGUUUUACCUUUAUUAGAAUUAUGGAAACCAAUAUCUUCAUCAAUUGCUUUAGAACUUUUAAUGCCAUAUUAUCCAAAUAUUGAGGUUAGAAAAUUUGCCAUUAAUGUACUUAGAGGUACAUCAAGUGAAGUUAUUUUUAGAAUGAUACCAUUAUUAAUACAAUGUAUACGUUAUGAAUCAUUUAAUGAUUGUGAAUUAAUUCAAUUUUUAAUUGAUAAAUGUAUGGAAAGUAAAAAAUUAGCAUAUGAAAUAUAUUGGAAUAUUAUUUGUACAUUAUGUCAUUGUGAAUUUCUUACAUUUAAAUUAAGAUUAGAAACAAUAAUAUAUAACAUGACAAAAUAUUUAGAUAUUACAAAUUUUUCACAAGAUGUAUUAAGACAACAAAAAAUAAACCAAUAUUUAAAUGAAUAUAUAAAUGAUAUAAAAUCUGGAUAUGAAUUAAGAAAAUUCUCAACAAUGAUGGAUAUAUUAGAUAAUCAUUUAGUAAAUCAUCCAACAAGAUGUCAUUUACGUCCCUCAUUUCUUAGUAAUGGUUUAAUUGUUAAUGAUUGUACAGUCUUUCAAUCAAAUAGUAAACCAAUAAAACUUGCUUUAAAAAGCAAUAAUUUAAAAUAUCCUAUAAUUUAUAAAGCUGGUGAUGAUUUAAGACAGGAUGCUCUUGUUCUUCAAUGUAUACAUUUUAUGAAUCAUAUUUGGCUUAGAAAUGGAUUAGACUUAAGAAUGAUAUUAUAUGAAGUUUUACCAUUUGAUGUUAAUAAAGGAUAUAUUGAAAUGGUACCAAAUUGUCAUUCUUUAUUUCAAAUUCAAGCACCUCAUGGAACAUCUGGUAUAUUUGAAAAUAAAAUACUAUUUAACUGGCUACAAAAACAUAAUCCUGAAUAUUUUGCAUUUAAAAUUGCAUUAGAAAAUUUUAGAAAAAGUUGUGCAGGAUGGUGUGUUGCAACACACAUACUUGGAAUUGGUGAUCGUCACAAUAAUAAUGUUAUGAUAACAAAAUAUGGUUGUGUUUUUCAUAUUGAUUUUGGAAAAUACUUAGGAGAUUGGCAAAUGGCUGUUGGAAUUAGGCGUGAUAGAGUACCAUUUCUUUUUACAGAAGAUAUGAGAUAUGCUAUUGAAAAAUCACCUAGUGGUGAUAAUUCAUCUAGUUAUCAACAUUUUAUAAAUGAAUGUUGUCGUGCUUAUAUUUUAAUUAGGCAAAAUUAUGGUAUAUUUUUAACCUCAUUACGAAUAAUGAAAAUGGCUGGAAUAUCUGGAUUAAACGAUAAAUCAAUUGAAUUUGUCAAAUCAACAUUACAAUUACAUCUUUCUGAAGAAGAAGCUAUUGCUCAUUUUACAAAAUUAAUUGAAACUUCUCUAGAAAGUUGUUUCCCUCGACUUAAUUUUGUUGCUCAUUCUGUAGCAUGUAAAAUUAAAACAACAUUUUUAGUUAGAAGUAAAUCAAAAAGUCCUGAAAAAAAUGAUGCUUAUAGUUUUUCGGCUGAUGUUAAUACAAUUGAACAAGAUGGUAAAAUAAAAAGUGUUAUUGUAUUAGGACCAGAAAAAUGGAAAAAAUCACCAAAAGAAAAAGUUUAUAUGUUUAAACUUAAAAUUGAAAGAGAAAAUGAGAAUGUACCAACAUAUAUUUAUCGAAGUUUUAGUGAAUUUCAUGAAUUACAUACAAAAUUAGUAAAACAAUUUUCCAAACGCCAAAUACCACAUCUUCAUAAAGAAACAUUUGGAAGACAAUCUAAUACAGCAAUUACUGCAAAUCAAAGACAUGGAUAUGUCAUAGAUUUUGUUGAUGGUCUUUUUAAAAGAUCACCUGAAAUAUCUGAGAGUAAUAUUGUUUAUACAUUUUUUCAUAGUAUAUGGCGUGAUGUUGAAUCUGAACAAAUAAAAGGAUAUGAUCAUAUGGAAUAUACAAAUCAAUCUACUUAUUUAAAACCUCAACUUUAUCUUAGAAUUACUUAUUUAGAAGAGGAAGAAGCUCUUCAAGUUUUUGUUGGUCAUGCUCAAAAUUUACCAUUAAUUAAUGGAUAUCAAUUACCAUCACCAUAUGUAAAAAUAUAUCUAGAAGGUCAAAGUCUCAAAGAUUUAAAAACAAAAACCAAAAUUGUUAGGGAUGCAUAUAAAAAGUCACCUGAAGGUAAUCCUAUGUUAGAUGGAUGGUUUGCUAUGGAAAAAAAAUUUGAAAAUAGAAGAAAUGGAAUAUUAUAA